AUGAAUGGCUAUGCUGCCUCGAGGCUGUCCCUCUCUCAUGAGGAGAAGAUUUCUCUGAUGGAGGAAAAGUCGGCUUCUGACGUGGAAAGCGAAAGCGGGCGAACUGACUUGGAAAGCCGAUUCUCAACAUCCCAAUGGUUCAAGCAUAUAGGCAUGUAUCCGAGAGGAUCGCGACUUUCUUCUUGGACUUCGACGCUCUUGCGACUGGGAAUAUUCUUAUUGCCCAGCUUCGUCCACCACAAGUUCACACACGAGCGCGUCAGGAGCGAUAGGGUUGGACCAACAGCCUAUCUUGACGGCGUUCGUGGGCUUGCGGCACUCUUUGUCUUCUUUUGCCACUUCUUCUACACGGCGUUCUCAAUAGCUGAUGGGUAUGGGCGAGAUGGUGCCAACUACAUAUUUUGGAAGCUCCCAUUCAUUCGCUUAUUGUUCAGCGGACCGACCAUGGUCUGCCUCUUCUUUGUGGUUUCGGGAUAUGCACUGUCUCUAAAGCCAUUGAAGCAAAUUCGUAGCCGCUCAUUCGACGGGUUUUCCAACACCAUGUCUUCUUUCAUCUUCCGGCGCGCAUUUCGCCUGUUCUUGCCGACAGCAAUAUCCACAUUCACGGUAGUCAUCCUUUUACAACUCGGAGUCUAUGAGAUCACCCGGGAGUUUGCGGAGGACAAGAACUUUGUUCGAGGCGUUGUCGAAACACACCCACUUCAGGCAUACACUCUGAACUGGCAGCUCUGGCAUUGGGCUUGGGAGAUGUUCGACUUUGUACAUGUCUGGGGAUGGGAGAAAUUCGGAGGAAGCACAAUGUACGAUGUGCACCUGUGGACCAUUCCCGUGGAGUAUCGCUGCUCUAUGAUGUUGUUCUUGGUGAUGUUUGGGCUUGCGAGAGUACGAACCGGGAUUCGGUUUGCCUGCCUAGCCGGCAUAAUGUGGUUCUGUUUGCGUAACGACCGCUGGGAAGUCGUUCUGUUUCUGGCCGGUAUGGGGCUCGCAGAGCUAGACAUUAUCCGUGGAGCACACAACCCGCCACCGCAAGCGCAGCCCCCGACAAGUCCAAUCUUGCCGUUCGAUGAAAAACCAACACUGAAGGCGCGAGACCCAAGAGGGCUGUUUUGGAUUGCACUUUCGAUACCGGCCUUGUAUCUCAUGUCUGAACCAGACUUGGGCACAGAAGGUGUUCCAGGCUGGCAGUUUCUGGGGUCAUUGAUUCCUGAAUAUUUCAGUGACAGAUAUCGAUUUUGGCAGAUAUGGGGAUCCAUUCUCUUCAUCUUCUGCGUCGCCCGAUCACCGGCAUGGCAAAGCGUCUUCAACACGUCUUUUGUGCAGUAUUUUGGUCGUAUUAGCUACUCCCUCUAUCUCAUGCAUGGUCCGGUUUUGCAUACAGCCGGAUUCAUGAUCGAGAAAUGGGCAUGGUCCAUUACUGGUACUGAGGGCUCUGCAUACCCCCGAGGCUUCUUUCUUGCGGCUAUUUUCAACAUCCCUCUAGUCAUUUGGGCUGCGGAUGUAUUUUGUAGGGCUGUGGACGUCCCGACGGUCAAGUUCUCGAGAUGGAUCGAGAGCAAAUGCGUUAUUAAAGAUUAG